AUGGGAAUAAUAUGGCCUGGUGAUAUACAGUAUAAUAUUGUCUUGUUAUUUUUAUUUGACGCCGCUCCAUAUAAUAUGGUGAAGGCAGGUACUGUUCUGAAAAAUAUUUAUACAAAAAUGAUACACGUAACUUGUUGUGCUCAUGGACUUCAUAGAAUCGUUGAAGAAAUCCGUGGACAUUUUGGAACAGUAGACGAACUAAUAUUUAAUAUGAAAAAAAUAUUUCGAAAAGCUCCUUAUCGUGUUGAAAUGUUUAAAUCUGAAGCUCCUGAUAUAUAA